GUGGUGCGUUUGCGCCUCCUGUGUUGAAAGGGAGGUGAAGAAGAGUUUACUUUACAGAGUUCAAGGUUUGGAUUCGGUGUUUGUCUGGAGUAAAGAGUUUGCCGAGGCAGAAAGCCCGUUUUCACAGCGCCAAGAUGCUGAACAUGUGGAAGGUUAGGGAGUUGGUUGACAAAGCAACCAAUGUGGUGAUGAACUACUCAGAGGUGGAAUCUAAAGUCAGAGAGGCCACCAAUGAUGACCCCUGGGGACCAUCAGGACAGCUGAUGACUGAAAUUUCUAGAGCUACCUUCAUGUAUGAGCAGUUCCCAGAGGUGAUGAACAUGUUGUGGGCUCGCAUGCUGAGGGACAACAAGAAGAACUGGAGGAGAGUCUACAAGGCCCAGCUACUGCUGGCCCAUCUAAUUAGGAAUGGAUCAGAGAGGGUUGUUACCAGUGCCAGAGAACAUCUGUAUGACCUCAGAUCAUUAGAAAGCUACCACUUUGUAGAUGAGAAUGGGAAGGACCAGGGUGUGAAUGUACGUCAGAAGGUGAGGGAGCUAGUGGAAUUUGUCCAGGACGAUGAAAGGCUCAGGGAAGAACGGAAAAAGGCAAAGAAGAACAGAGACAAAUACAUUGGAGUAUCCUCUGACAGCAUGGGAUAUCGAAGUUACCCGGGGGACAGGUAUGACGAUAACCGGGGAAAGUGGGACGACGACUGGGACAAAAAUAAAGGGCAGUUUCCAUUCAGCGAGAAAUUGGGAGAGAUCAGCGACAAAAUCGGCAGCACCAUUGAUGAUACCAUCAGCAGAUUUAGGAAGAAGGAUAGAGACGAUUCACCAGAUCGAUUUAGUGACAAUGACGAGGACCGGAGCUCCUCAUCUCAGAGUGGAAAGUCUAGAAAAGAGUUCAAAGAUGCCGAGGAGACUGUUACCACGAAGAGUGUUCACAUAGUCCAAGCAACAGAGACAACAGCAACACGGAAGAGAGGGGUCCCGUCCCGGAAGGUAGACUUGGGGGCUGCAGCCUACUACACAGGAGACAAGAGUCCAGACACCACCAACAAACAGCCCCAGCCAGCAGCAGUCCCUCAGUCCUCUGGUCCCGGCCUAGCUAACCUACUAAUGGUGGACACAACACCGACCCAGCCUGCUUCCCCAGACCUGAUCGGUGGAUUUGCUGACUUCUCCUCACCUGCUGCCGGUGUUGGCCUCUCCCCGGGAUCUGCAGCACCAGUCUCUAGCAGCAAUGGAGACUUUGGAGGGUGGAAUGCCUUCCCUGGAGGUCAGAUGCCAGCAUGUGCUCAGACUCUUGACACCGGUGGAAAUGACCUUUUUGGAACCAUGACAGCAGGUCUUGCCCCUGCCCCAGCUCCUGCCUCAGUCUCAGCUCUAGGCUCUGGUCCUGCCUCAGCAGACCUGUUUGACUUGAUGGGCCCAACUCAGUCCCUCACCUCCUCCCAGAGCCUUAACAUUAGCAUGAGCAGCACACAGAGCAUGAGCACUACAGCCCUACCCCAGUCUAGGUCACAGCCCCUCCAAAACAUGGGGACUCCUCUACAGCCACAGCCACAGCCUGUGCAGCAGGGAAUUGCCCCUCAAGGUGCUGGAACCAAAGCAUCCCUCCCUUCUACCUGGUCAGACCCCUCUGUUAACAUUAACUUGGACUUCUUAGGUCCAGGCAUACAGCCCCCCAAGCCUAGCCAGCCCAGCCUCAACACACUCCAACAAGGUAACCAGGUAGCUGCCAACAUGCUCCCCCAGGAAUUUUCAAACAUGAGCCUUGGACCUGGUGCAGUCAGGCCAGCCAUAAAUCCAAUGAUGCACCCUGGAGCUGGCAUGGGCAUGGCCCCCAACCCGGGCAUGAUGGGGAUGGGCAUGAACAUGGGGAUGCCACAAGGAGGUAUGAACAUGGGAAUGCCACAAGGAGGUAUGAACAUGGGAAUGCAACACAGAGGUAUGAACAUGGGGAUGCCACAAGGAGGUAUGAACAUGGGGGUGCCUGGUGCUAUGGGGAUGGGGAUGAACCCUGCAAUGGUCCAACAGCCCAAACACAAUGCCUUUGCUGACUUUGGUAACUUUGGAAAGUGAUGAAGCUGGAGAGCAAAGAUAAUCAGGAGCAGUGUCAGUCUCUCUCUCUCUCUCUCUCUCCAUCCCCUGGUGAAGGAAUUGUUCUGAGCUGCAAACAAAGAGUACUUGAAUGUCAACUAUCAUAGCAUCAACACCCUGCAAUCUCCUUACUGUGUGUGUUGUUUGAACCAAUGAUCUGUCUGGUCUGGGGUGGUGGUCAGACUACACAGAUGAUAUUGUGCCUUGUUGGUUAUAAGUCGAGAAGAAAUGAGUGUGUGCCACCGAGAGAAUGUCUCAAUGCUUUAUAACCUCAAUCAAGAGUAAUCAUCAGAUUAGCAAAAAUAUAUAUCAGGAGCUGCAGAAUUUGAGAUGCAUUGCUCAGUAACUUCACUGAAUGAUGGUUCUGAUAACAUGAUCAUUAAUUAUAAUUUUCUAAUGUACAUUUUAAGAAUGUUGUUACCUCUUAUUUGUCCGAGCUCUUCCUUUGACCUGUAAAUAGAAAUCUGCAGCCCUUAAAAAUAACUUAUGAAGUACCUAUAGGAGAGAGAGUAACAAUGCAAGUUGUAUCAUUCAGACCAAAUCUGAUACAGCUGACCUAUCACAAAGCACACUGACACCUUCUCUUUGUACGCAUGUCCACACACUCCCAAUGUGGCUGAGUGUUUUGAGUGAAAGAUUUGAGAUUCUCCUUCAUUUGUAGUUUUUCUUAUUGGUAUAUAUCUAUAUAUUUUACAUAUGAAGAAUAUUAUCAGUUUGCGUCCAAAUGAGAUAAUCACUGUGUAGAAAGAGCCCCAUACAGGGGUUGUGGGCUCUUUUACAGCAGAGUGCCUGAAAGACCUUUGCCUUUUCUCUUCAGUUAACCUCAUUGAAGGUGGCAGUGUGACUGUGCAGUGUUGAGGACAGCUUCCAGAACAGAGCUUCUGUACUGUGUACAAACAUUUGUACUUAUGCCUCAAGCCAAGUAUACUCUCUGUACAGAUAUCAGAUACAUUUGUGUAAUUCACUUUCAUUCAUUUUUUUUUUAUUGAUUCUAACUUUAGUUCCCCAGAAUUGCCAAGAUGAAAAUACCCAUUAGGUCAGCAACUCGAGUGCUGAUGUCGACUGUUAUUAAUAUUGCAUCAUGCAUCUGUUAAAGUGUUCUUCAAUGCAUCAAAUCCUGCCUUCGCACCUUCAGUUUUAUUGUUACACAUUUCAGCAGCCUAACAGUCAUCAGUCUAAGUCUGCAUGUUAGCAAGGUAUAAACAACUGUGUGAGGGGAAGCUGUUUCAACAGUUGGGAUGCAGUUUGUACACACGCAGUACACCAUGGCAGUCGGAUGAUGAUGUACUAUGGGGUAACGCAAUGAACAAUCCUGUUCCACUGCACACCAUCUAGGUGAACUGUUAGAUGUACCCAACAUUGUACUUCAGUGGUUCAAGUGCCUCCUGGUGGCUACCUCCUGACCGUUGUAAUGAGUGAUAGGUCGGUCUUCACGGUCUGACAUUUUUGGUAUAUCAGCGGUAAGGUAAAUGAUUCACUGACCAGAGGAGAAGGUGGUGGAUUCAGCAGGCCCAGGAAGACUAAAGUUGUGCUCUCCUACUCUCCCAAGGGCUCAAGAGGCUGAGCACACCAACACAUUGUAGCCUUGCAUCAAAGUCUGAAGCAUUAAAAUGACCAAAAUCUGUUCACUGUUUUUCUAAAAUAUGUCAGCAGAGACUGUUUUAUGCAUAGUUAUCUACUUCAUAUGAUUUUGAUUUUGAUUAAAAUGGGAUUGUUACUGAAACACUAGUAUAUGCAAAUAUAAAAUCUUUUGAAAAAAAUCAAUUUACAUUACUCCCAUUUUGAAUUGAUUUACACAUUGCGAUUCUUUAUCAACUACAUUAAACAGCUGAUUAGAAUUUGUUAAUGGUGUGUGUUAUUUGGUGUGCUGUGUCAUUAGCCUCAUUCAAAAGAGCUUCAAGCAGCAAAAGUGAAGCC